AUGGCAGCCCAGACGGAAACAGAUCUCCACGCGACCCAAGCGCCGAAAAUGUACGCCAUCUUCAGCAUCUUCUUCGCCCUUCCGCUCCUCGCCGUGGGGCUGCGGUUGGUGGCCCGGAGGGUGUCCAACCUGCGACUGUGGUGGGAUGACUGGCUCAUCUUGGUCGCGACGGUGAUUGUCAUUUUGAACUUUGCCUUUUUGAACGAAGGCGAGUCUUGUCCCGUGGAAGGACCUACGUUCGAUGAGACUGACAGAGGGGCAGCGAUGAACAACGGCGGGGGUAGACAUGUACAAGCGAUAGCGAAUGCGAACGACAUUAGAAAGUACCAAAUCUACACCUUUGCAAACGAGCUCCUCUACGCCUCCAUCGUCACCUCGGUCCAGUCCUCCAUCCUGUGCCUGUACCUGCGCAUUUUCGGCAUCAACAAGUCCUUCGCCAACAUCGUCUACGUUUUCCUCACCCUGGUCAUCGCGUGGGGAACCGCGACCCUGUUGACCACAAUCUUCCGAUGCAGUCCCGUCUCCGCAGCCUGGGACGCCGAUGUACCCAACAGCCGCUGCAUGGAUCUUCGAACGUGGCUGGUUGGGACCAACGUCCCCCACAUCAUCAUCGACUUCUCUAUCCUGCUCUUGCCUAUGCCGCAGAUCUGGCGGCUGAAACUCUCCACUGGACGCAAAAUCUCUUUGAGCGGCGUCCUCCUCGUUGGCGCUUUUACGUCGGCCGUAAGCAUCAUUCGCGUCAAUGCCAACGCCUCCAUCAAUAACGACGAUCCUACUUGGGACUACGUUGCCGUCAUGAUCUGGUCCACUAUCGAAGGCAAUAUCGGUGUGGUAUGUGCCUGCCUUCCUACCCUAGGAGCCCUCGUACAUCCGCUCCUUCAUGGCCACGCUGGGUCCUCCUCUUCAGCAGCGUAUGCGCCAUCCCAACAAAGAACCGCUAGAAUGCCACACCGCAGCCUAGAGUUCGACCGCUUGGAUGAGGAGAUCUCGGGGCUGUUCCCAAAAAGAGGAGUACUUGUUGAGAGGAAUAUCUUCGUGGAGACGGACAAUGGAAACCAAGCGGUAGGGCUUGAUACUUUCUGUGUUGGAGGAGAUGGUGGGAGAAGGGGAUGA